AAAAUGGGUUAUACUCUUGGAACGGAAGAGUUAUCAAACAAAUCAAGCGGAUUAUGGCAUGCGUUACUUGCUGAGUUUGUUGGCAUCUUUAUAUUGAAUUUUUUCGCUUGUGCCGCGUGUACACAUGCAAAUGGGGAUAAAACAUUAAUCUCACUUGCGUUUGGGCUCAGUGUGUUUAUGGUCGUGAUGUCGAUCGGUCACAUCAGUGGUGGUCAUAUUAAUCCCGCUGUGACUGCCGGAAUGUUGGCAGCUGGCAAGGUAAGCCUCAUCCGUGCCCUGCUUUAUGUUGCCGCUCAAUGUGCCGGUGCAGUUGUGGCCACAACCGCCCUCGAUGUGCUGAUACCAAAAACCUAUCACAACGGCUUGGGCAACACCGGUCUGAAGGAUGGAGUCACAGAGAUGCAAGGCGUGGGCUUCGAAUUCUUCCUUGGAUUCGUGCUGGUGCUGUGUGUGUUUGGUGUUUGCGAUGACAACAAACCGGACUCGCGCUUCGUUGCCCCACUGGCCAUUGGUUUAACCGUGACUUUGGGUCAUCUGGGCGUUGUAGAAUACACCGGAUCGAGCAUGAAUCCCGCCCGUUCCUUCGGCACUGCUUUUGUGACGGACAGCUGGAGCCAUCAUUGGAUUUACUGGGCUGGACCGAUCGUGGGAGGUGUUACAGCGGCUUUACUUUACUGCCAGCUAUUUAAGGCACCUACCGUUAGCGAUGUUUCCGAACGCUAUCGUACUACUGCCGACGAUAAGGAGGUAAUGCUCAACCUAAUGAAACAUGCCGCACUGGAAGAAUCCGUCAUUACCACCUAG